AUGUCUCGCGGGAAAUUAUUAGUAAGUUUGGCGCUAAAGGAAAGUGAAUUUGUGGAGUUAAACGCUAAAUUGGGGGAGAGCUCCGAUAAUAGCAAAUGUUCAGAUAUCCAAAAUAAGUUGGGUCCAGAUGGAACAUUCGACUGUAAGGAGUCUAUUUGCAAUCAGGAUAGUCCAAAGUAUGAACCCGUAUAUGCCGAACUAACACCUGUGAAGUUGUAUGAGCAGUCUACAGCUAUAGAAAAUGAAAAUGCUGGUUUUAUAAGUUUACAGCCGUUCUUUGCCCAUUCACAACACUUCACACUGUUACCUAGUGCAUCCUGUUCCACGGAGUACUCUGAAAUUCCACAAGAACGUACGAUCAAAAUAUUACAAGAUAUAGUAGUACAAAAGGGAAAUGAUAAUCUCGAUAAUAAUGGCAGCACACAAUUAAUGCAAGAAGAAACUGGCAUUGAGGGGAUUGUUGAUGUAAAUACGGAAGUUAUUGAAAAAGGUGAGGGGAAAGAAAUUUCAGAGGCUACUGAUGAAGAAGAAUAUAAAUCGUCCACUGGAAAAAACAAGCAAAAAAGAAAGUUAGGUAGUGGUUGUAAUGAAAAAUGUGCUUUUAAGUGCCGCGAAAAUCUAUCCACUGAAGAACGUCAGCGCAUUUUAACAUCCUUUUGGCAAUUGGGUGAUAUUACUAGACAAAGGGAGUUCAUACUCAGACACAUUACACCUAUCGAACCAAAAUACAGAUACCCAAAGCCAAAUAGUCACCGAAAGAAGAACAACGCAUAUCACUUUUCCGUUGCUUCUAAACAAAUUAGAGUUUGCAAGAAAUUUUUCAAUGAAACCCUCAAUAUUAGUGACAUGAUGAUAAGAACCGCAAUAAAGAAAACAAAAAAUGGAGUUCUUAAAGAUGAUAAUAGGGGUAAACAUUCCAAGAAGAAUAAAAUUAGUGAAUAUCUAGUAACGGGAGUUAAAGAACAUAUCGAGUCAAUACCGACAGUAGAGUCUCACUAUUUACGUGCUCAAACAAAGAGAAAGUUCUUUGACGGUAGCCUUAAUUUAAGCACACUUUAUCGAUUGUACACCGAAAAAUGCAUUACUGACAACAAGCCCUACGUAAAAUACUUUCAUUAUGCCCGUAUAUUUAAUUACGAGUAUAAUAUUGGGUUUCACAGUCCUAAAAAGGACCAGUGCAGUUUAUGUACGGCUUUCAUUAAUUCUACUGUUAAAGAAAAGGAAGACAUGGAAAGGGUGUACAAAACUCACCAUGAACAGAAAAAUCUAAGCCGCGAGGAAAAGAAAAAGGAUAUACAGGCAGCUAGCUUAGAUCCUUCUGUCCUUGUUGCCGUAUAUGAUUUGCAAGCAGUGUUGCCUUCUCCAUGUGGAACAACCUCCGACUUUUUCUACAAAAGUAAGUUGUCAACAUUAAAUUUAACAUUUUUUAAUAUUGUUAAGAAACUAGGAUAUUGUUAUGUGUGGGAUGAAACCAUCGCUAAGAGAGGUGCAAACGAAAUAGGUAGUUUUGUUUUACAUUUUUUGUCUAACUUUUGCACGACAUACCAUAGUAUGAUAUUUUACUCAGAUAACUGCUGUGGUCAGAACAAAAAUAAGUUUAUAGCUGCUACCUAUCUUUAUGCCUUAAAUAAGUGGAAACACAUUCAUUCUAUCACACAUAAAUACCUUAUAACAGGGCACACUCAAAACGAGGGCGACAGUAUGCACUCCACAAUAGAAAAAGAAAAAAAGAGGAUGCUUAAAAGCAAUAAUACUAUUAAUGUACCUGCUCAGUGGAUUCCCCUAAUAGCACUCUCCAAGAAAAAGUCUCCCCCAUAUGCGGUUUAUGAAGUUACACAGAGAGAUGUUUACGAUAUAAAGGUCCUUUGUGGCAAUACAGGGAAAAACUACAGUAUUGAUGUAGAUGGAAAAAAGGUAAACUGGAACCAAAUUAAAAUUAUUCAUUUUGAAAAGACUCAUCCAAAAACAAUAUUCUUCAAGACAGAUUACUCCCAACAAUACUACAACCGAAUCCUUGUUGAUCAUCGUCAACGAAAACCAACGAUUAGUUUCAAGGACAUCAAAUUAAAAUGCGCGUAUGAUCGGCCGUUGCCGAUUUCCAAAAAAAAGUACAAUGGUCUUAUGGAACUUUGUAGCAAAAAGGCCUUACCAUUACAGUAUCACCAGUUUUAUAAAAACUUACCACAUGAGAAAACAGACAAAAGUGAUAACGAUUAAG